AGACCCACGCUGCAGCUGUGAGCACCUGCUUACAGGGAGGCCUGGGGGUUGGGGAAGUCCAGGAGCUAAAUUUAGUCCAAAAGCUGCAACUUAAAUUGGGUGGGUAUUUACCCUGGGGAAGCUGGGAGGGGGAGGGGAGAGGAAUCCUGACCCAGCUGAACUUGUGAGAGCACAGAUCACCCCUAGUGUCACUGAUACUCAAACCACAACCCCCUCCCCCAGCACACCCUCAGAAAGGAGGCAUCCUCAACAAUUUGCAGGCCUUUUGCAUGCUUGAUCUUUCUUGUGCGUAUCAAGUUUGUUCCUAUCACUACCCCACCCUCAUCUCAAUUCUCAGGGGUCCAGUUCCUCUGAGUCCUUCCCUAAAUUCCCACUAGUGCACCAAACCCAGGGGCCCUCCCCACAUUCCUCUGCCCUCAGGCUGCAGCUUCUGCUCUCCCAAGUCCCUCCAGAGGGUUUCAGAGGUCAGCGAACAGGUGUCUGGCCACACUACUCCCCUCUACGGGGCCAAGAAAAGGGAUUGCUUGGGGUCGGGUUCCCUUUCCUGAGAACUUCCACAUUGACCCCAUAAUGACCUCAGUGACCAGAGGAAGGAAUCCUUAGGGGCUGCACUGAGUCCUAGCUCUAAAAUAAGAGGGGAAAGGGAGCAGACCCCCCGAUGAGAGCCCACCUCCUGAGAGGUCAGAGGCUGGAGGCCGAGAGGGAGCUCAUGGGCGGGCAGAAAGAGAAAGGGGGUGCUGAAGCCGGGGAGCCCUGCGAGGGGCUGCGACCGCACCUCCACCUGCGAUUGGUUCUCAGGCUCAGGGCAAACGCCAAACCUGCCCAGCAACAGCCCUGAGCAGAGGGAGGGGAGCUUCGGGGAAGUCAGCUGAGCCGGCACCGCCCAGCUCUGGGCUUCCAGGAAUCGCUGGGAGGGCCCCAGCCUCCACCCCACCCCUCCCUGGGUCUCAGGACUCUGCCUUCGGCCUUCUAUACCUACUGGGCGGGCUCGGAUCCCGUUUCCCUGGCCCCCCACAUCUGUGAUUCCCUGCUGAGGCCUCUUUAGGCUCAGCAGAGACGUUGGAACUGGGCUUUCCUUGUGGUCCCCUUUCCUCGCUCCCUGCCCUGGGCUGACGUCAGUUUUAUCUUCCUUCUCCAUUCCCUUUUGCCUCCUUCCCCACUCGCUCUCCUCUUAAGAUGUCCAAAUUCUUCCUUCUCAGCCACUUUCAACCCAGAGAAAGCCCGAGUCCCAAAGCAACAGGAAGAUGUGCGGGGGACCACGAGUGUGGGGACAUCCUGCCGCCUCGGGCAACUCUGUCGUCCCCCACAGGGUUCAGGUGCUCAGAAAACAGCAGCCACUGAGUUCACUGUUUCCGCAGGCCCCGUAUUCCCGGCCGUGCUCAGCUGGGCUUGUGGAGUCGCGAGCGGGGGCGCUGCUGCGGUACCGCCCCUCCUGGGCAGCCCGGCUUCCAGGAGAGACUCGGCCUCAGUCUCCGAAUGGCAGGGGUCUGGGAGAGGAUGUGAUGGCAAAGGCCUGCCCCUCUCAGGCCGCCUCUAGCAAGUUCUCUACCUUGAGAGAAGCGAGUAGGAGGAGGAAGGAGGCCAGGCUGAGCCAUCUCUGAGGAAUGUGGCUUUGGCAGGACAUCCAGUGCUGCCCCGCUCCUCCCUCAGCCCCGCCCAGGGCCCCGGAGCCGGGCCGGGCUCCUCCUCCUCCAGGGGAAGGGCUCGGGGCAGGAAUCCCUUCCCUUUCCCCACCCCAGGAGAAGCCCCAGAGCGUAGGGAAAUGUGUACGGCAGAAAGGGAGACAGAAGGCAGGGCUAGAGAAAGGGAACAGGAAAAAAGAGCUUCGACAAGCCAACUGCCCUUCGCUCAGGCCCCAGCGGAAAGGCGCAGAUACCCGGAGACUUCCCAGAGAGACUCGACCCACCAAAAAGCGCACCGCGGCCGCGCAGCCCUUCCUUCAGCUCUGGAACCCAGCGCCCCACACCUCAAAUGGGAGAACUGGUGACCUCUAGUGGCCCAUGACCAGCCUGCAGGGCCUGGGGCUGGCGGGGAUUCUCUGACCCAAACAAACUCUCCUGGGCUCUAAUGCUGUUCCCCUGCCCACCCUACCGUCUGCCUUCACACUGCUGAGGGGUCCGUAGCCGACAAGGAAGAGCUCAUUUCUCAUUUG